ACCCCUUAUUUCUUCGUUCGGCUUGGGGAUCUGUCUUCUUCUUCUAUAGCCCACGAAUCUAAACCCUAAUUUCUCUCCCCUUUCCCGUGUGUUGGCCAUGGAUGCUCGCCUUGUUGUCAAUCUGAGCCUCUUGAUCGUAGCGGCAUCCCUCUGCCUGCAAGCUAGGGGAGAGAGUAGCGGAUCGGUCGUCUUCCUCGAUGGAUCGUCCCAGAGAUAUAUCAGGAAACAUCCACAAGAUGCAGCAGGGAAGCUGAACUCAAUGUCUUCGUUUGAAGUUGCUGCAACCAUGUCAGUCUUACUUGGUUUUGCACCACCUUCCUCGCUUCCAGCUGAUUCUUCAUGUAAGCUAAAUAAGGUUCUACUUCCCAAUCCCUUUGACAGACCACAUGCUCUUUUCAUGCUGGAAAUUAGUGGAAUUGAGCAACCACUGCUCUCUGCUGAGAAUCUAAAAAGCCAAACCAGUAAUGUUUUCAGCAGUAGGAUUUCUGGUUCAAGCAAGGCAAAACUAGAACUUCCAGGUGAAGAUCAAGUUUCUGUUGUUCCCUUGGAUGACCCUUUGGAUCUUGAUUGUGAUGCUGCUUGUCUUGAUAAGGAGCUAAAAGAUCUUGCAAAUUGGAUGGGAGGAUCAUAUGUUGGCACCAUAAAAUCACAAGAUGGGAAACUGACUGUUCCAUUAGCCACUGGUAGCACUUUGAAUCUGCAUGUUGUAAAGAAAGCGGACCUUCAAUUUGCAUCUGGUAUUGUUUCUUUGAUUAGAAAUGUUAAAAAGACAGUGGAGUUUCAUGAAGACUUGUCAGAAAGUAACAUUAAACUUUCAGAAAUUAUGACAGGCCGUUUCACAGGCAUUGAGGCUCUUAUAGCGGAAUAUGGUUGGGGGGACAUUUCUCAUCAGGGGGCAGAGCUGCUUCAGACCAUACUUCUGAAGUUGUCUGAUAUGUUACAAGUAUCUUACAGAGGGAAGAUUGUUGGAGUUGUCAUAUUAACCAAUGAGCCUUCUUCAGAGUCAGGAAUGUUGGUAGAUGUGACAUAUACAGCACAAAUUUCAAGAUUGUUAGAAGAAGAGAGCUCAUCUACUUCAUCUGACUCGGAGGUGCUGCUGGUUAGGCGGAGUUUGGCUUGGAUAACUGGAGUUAUCCUUCUUAUAUCAACUCUCAUUGGGGUUUACUUGCUACUCAAUAUGCCACUUACAAGGGACACCCUUCUUUACUCCAAUGUCAAGCUAGAUUGAUCUCAAAGGUAUCAAUAUAUCUCUUUUGAAGUUGCCGUUUAAGAGGUUUGGACAAUGUUAUCAGAUGAGUUUUUCCUGGGCACGCCCUUAGCAAUUGUCAUAUGGAAUAAAUAUUUUCCUGGUUGUAAGUGCCACAUGCCACUCUAAUUUUACAGUGUACUAUCCACCUUAUUCAUUCACGAGUCAUAUGCAGAGCAAGUACUUGUGGGAGGAUGAUACUGCAAAUAAUAAUAAUAAUAUGUUUGGACCGUAUUAUCAUGUAAGUUUUCCCCCGUCAUGCUCUUGGCAGCAGCUAUUACUGAAUAAUAAUUUCUGGUUGUACAUGUCACUCUCAUUUUGUCAGAUAAAUGUACCAUGGAAAAACAUCUCUCAUGGAUAAUAUGAUUUGUUAUUGUUUGCAUAA